AUGUCGUACGGCGGUGUCAGUUGCCCGCCACCCAGCCGACGCUGUAGUAGUCCUAGCAGUAGUGGUAGUAGCAGUCAUAGUAAUAGUAGUAGCAGCAGUAGUAGCGUUAAGGUCAACGGAGGUUCAAAGGAGGUCAACGUAGGUUCAAAAGAGUUCAUCAAAGGCUCAAAAAGAGUUCAUCAGAGGCUCAAAAAGAGUUCAUCAGAGGCUCAAAAAGAAGUUCUCAGAGGCUCAAAAAAGAUUCAGCAGAAGCUCAAAAACAGAGUUCAUCAGAGGCUCCAAAAGAGUGAUCAUCCAGAAGCUCAAAAAGAGUUCAUCAGAGGCUCAAAAAGAGUUCAUCAAAGAAAGCUCAAAAAGAGUUCAUCAAGAAAAGCUCCCAAAAAGAGUUCAUCAGAAGAGCAUCAGAAAAAAGAGUUCAUCAAAAAGAGUUCAUCAGGAGAGUUCAUCAGAGGCUCAAAAGAGUUCAUUCAGAGCUCAAAAAAGAGUUCAUCAGAAAGCUCCAAAAAGAGUUCAUUCAGAGCCUCAAAAAGAGUUCAUCAGAAAGCUCAAAAAGGAGUUCAUCAGAGGCUCCAAAAAGGAGUGUUCAUCAGAAGCAAAAAGAGUUCAUCAGGUAGGCUCAAAAAAGAGUUCAUCAGAGCUCAGAUGCUCAAAAAGAGUUCAUCAGAAGCUCAAAAAAGAGUCAAAAAGAGUUUCAUUCAAAAAGAUUUCUCAUUCAGAGGCUCAAAAAAGAGUUCAUCAGAGGCUCCAGUUCAAAAAAAAGAGUUUCAUCAGAAGCUCAAUCAAUUCAAAAGGCUCAAAAAAGAGUUCAUCAGAAGCUCAAAAGAGUUCAUCAGAGUCAAAAAUGAGAGUUUCAUCAGAGCUCAGAGAGCUCAUCAGCGAAGCCUCAAAAAGAGUUCAUCAGAAGCUCAAAAAGAGUUCAUCAGAGGCUCAAAAAAGAGUUCAUCAAGAAGCUCACAAAAGAGUUCCAUCAGCUCAAAAAGAGUUCAUCAGAACAGAGGCUCAAAAAGAGUUCAUCAGAGAAGCUCAAAAAAGGGAGUUCAUCAGAGGGCACAUCAAAAAAGAGAGUUCAUAAAAAGAGUUCAUUCACAGAGCUCAAAAAGGUUCAUUCAGAAUCAGAGCUCAAAAAGAGUUCAUCAGAGGCUCAGACGUUCAUCAGAGGCUCAAAAAGAGUUCAUCAGAGUUUCAUCAGAGGCUCCAAAAAGAGUUCAUCAGAGGCUCAACAUGAGGUUCAUCAGAAGCUUCAAAAAGGCUUCAUCUCAGAGGCUCAAAAAGAAGUUCAUCAGAGGCUCAAAAAGAAGUUCAUCAGAAGGCAUCAAAACAAAAGUUCAUCAGAAGGCAUCAGAAAAGAGUUCAUCAGAGGCUUCAAAAGAGUUCAUCAGAAGAAUCAGCAAAAAGAAGUUCAACUCAAUCAUCAGAGGCUUCAAAAAAGAGGAGCUCAAAAAAGAGUUCAUCAGAGGCCUCAAAAAAGAUUCAUCAGAGGCUCAGAAGCUCAAAAAGAGUUCAUCAGAGGCUCAAAAAGAGUUCAUUCAGGAGGCUCAUCAAAAAAGAGUUCAUCAGAGGGCUCAAAAAAAAGUUUCAUCAGAAGCUUCAAAAGAGUUCAUCAGGAGGCUCAAAAAAGUUCAUCAGUCAAAAAGAGUUCUAUCAGAGGCUCAAAAGAGAUUUAGUUUCAUCAGAGCUCAAAAGAAGUUCAUCAGAGAGCUCAAAAGAGUUCAUCAGACGAGGCUCAAAAAGAGUUUCAUCAUCAAAAAGAGUCAUCAGAGCUCAAAAAGAGUUCAUCAGAGGCUCAAAAGAGUCAUCAAGGCUCAAAAAGAGUUUUCAUCAGAAAGCUCAAAAAAUAGAGUUCAUCAGAGGCUCAAAAAGAGUUCAUCAGAGGCUCAAAAAGAGUUCUCAGUCAAAAAGAGGUUCAUUCAGAGGUCAAAGAGUUCAUCAAGAGCUCAAAAAGAGUUCAUCAGAGCUUCAAAAAAGAGUAUCAUCAGAGGCCUCAAAGAAGUUCAAUCAGAGGCUCAAAAAGAGGUUCAUCAGAGGCUCAAAAAGAGUUAUCAUCAGAGGCAUCAAAAAAGAGUUCAUCAGAAGCUCAAAAAGAGUUCAUCAGAGGCUCAAAAAGAGUUCAUCAGAAGCUCAAAAAGCAUCAGAGGCCUCAAAAAAGAGUUUUCAUCAAGAGGCUCAAAAAGAGUUCAUCAGAGGCUCAAAAAUAGUUCAUCAGAAGCGCUCAAAAAAGAGUUCAGUCAAGGCUCAAAAGAGUUCAUCAGAGGCUCAAAAGAGUCAUCAGAAAAAGAGUUCAUCAGAGGCUCAAAAGAGUUCAUCAGAAGGCUCAAAAAGAGUUCAUCGCAGGCUCAAAAAGAGUCAAAACAGAAUGCUCAAAAAAAGCAGCUUCAUCAGAAGGCUCAAAAGAGUUCAUCAAGAAGUCAGGCUCAAAAAGAUUCAAUCCGAGGCCUCAAAAAAGAGUUUCAUCAGAGGCUCAAAAAGAGUCUCAUAGAGGCUAAAAGGAGGUUCAUCAGAAAAAAGAGGUCAUCAGAAAAGAGCAGUUCAUCAAGGCUCAAAAAGAGUUCAUCAGGGAAGGCAGUUCAUCAGAGGCUCAAAAGAAGGAAAGAGUUCAUCAGAAGGCUCAAAAAGAGUUCUCAUCAAGAGGCCAAAAGAGUUCAUCAGAGGCUCCAAAAAGAGGUUCAUCAGAGGCCUCAAAAAAAGAGUUCAUCAGAGCUCAAAAAAGAGUUCCAUCAGAAAGCUCAAGAAAAGAGUUCAUCAGAAGCUCAAAAAGAGGUUCAUCAGAGCUCAAAAGAGUUCAUCAGGCUCAAAAAGAGUUCAUCAGAGGCUUUCAAAAAGAGUAUCAUUCAGAGGCUCUCCAAAAAGAGUUCAUCAGAGGCCACUUCACAAAAGAGUUCAUCAGAAGCUCAAAAAAAGAGGUUCAUCAGAGGCUCAAAAAGAGUCAAGAAAAAGAGUUCAUUCCAGAAGCCUCAAAAAAAAGAGUUCAUCAAGAGGCUCAAAAGAGUUCAUCAGAGGCUCAAAAAGAGUUCAUCAGAGGCUCCAAAAAGAGUUCAUCAAGCUCAAAAAAGAGUUCAUCAGAGCUCAAAAAGAGUUCAUCAGAGGCUCAAAAAAGAAGUCAAAAAAGAGUUCACAUCAGAAAGAGCUCAAAAAGAUUCAUCAGAGGCUCAAAAGAGUUCAUCAGAAGCUCAAAAGAGUUCAUCAGAGGCUUCAAAAGAGAGUUCAUCAGAGGCUCAAAGAGUUCAUUCAGAGGCUCAAAAAGGAGUUCAUCAGAAGUGCUCAAAAAGUCAGGAAGAUGUCUCAAAAGAGUUCAUCAGAGCUUCAAAAAGAGUUCAUCAGGAGCUGCUCAAAAGAGUUCAUCAGAGGGCUCAAAAAGGACGUUCAUCAGAAGCCUGCCCAAAAAAGGAGUUCAUUCAGAAGUGCCUAAAAGAGUCAUCAGGUAGGGCUCAAAGAAGAUUCAUCAGAGGACCCAAAAAGAUGUUCCAUCAGAGAGAUAAAGCUUCAAAAAGAUUCCUCAGAGGCUCAAAAAAGAGUUCAUCAAGGCCUCAAAAAGAGAUUCAUCAGGGCUCAAAAAAACUGCACAGCGCAAAAGAGUUCAUCAGAGAGCUCAAAAAGGUUCUAUCAGAGGCUCCAAACGAGCUUCUCAUAGAGGGCUCAAAAAAGAGGUUAUCAGAGGACUCCCAAAAAGAGUUCUAUUCAGAAGCCUCAAAAAGUGAGUUCGGUCAUUCAGAGGCAUCAAAAAGAUGGGUUCAUCAAGAAGGCUCAAAAGAGUUCAUCAGAGGGCACUUCAAAAGAGGGUUUUCAGAAAGCUCAAAAGAUUCUAUGUUUCUUCAGAGGCUCAAAAAGAGUUUCAUCAGAGGCUCAAAAAGACAGUCUUUAGAGGCUCAAACAAGAGGUUCAUUCAGAGAGCUCAAAAAGGUCUCAUCAGAGGCUCAAAAAGAGUUCAUCAGAGGUCUCAAACAAGAGUUCAUCAGAGGCUUUUCAAAAGAGCAUCGAGGCUCAAAAAGAGUUCAUCAGAGGCUCAAAAAGAGUUCAUCAGAGGCUCAAAAAGAGUUAAUCAGAGGCUCAAAAAGAUGUUUCAUCAUAGGCUUUUCAAAUGAGUCUCAUCAGAGGCCUCAAGAAAGAUUAUCAGAGGCCUCUCAAAAAAGAGUUCAUCAGAGGCCGGUCAAACGGAAGUUCAACGGAGGUUCAAUCAAGGGUUUUUUCAACGAGCACCCUAGUCUAUAUUUUCACGAGAAUUUAUCACCCCUCUCGACUGACUGCCUCUCGCGUGCUAAAGAAAGAAAAGAAGCGAAAAAAGAGAAGAAUGAAGUAAGAGAAAGAAGAAAAGAAGAAUGAAAAAAAGGAUGG